AUGGGGAAGGAGCAGGAGCUGCUGGAGGCCGCUCGGCUCGGGAACCUUCCAGCUGUGGAAAAGCUUUUAUCAGGGAAAAGGUUGAGUUCUGGCUUCGGGAGUUCUGGAGGAGGAGGAGGAGGAGGAGGAGGUGGAAGCGGAGGAGGAGGUGGAAGCGCAGGAGGAGGUGGAGGAGGAGGUGGAGGAAGCAGCGGGGGUGUGGGGCACCCCCUCUCCAGUCUCCUCAGCAUCUGGAGAGGGCCAAAUGUGAACUGCGUGGACAGUACUGGAUACACACCACUGCACCAUGCUGCUUUGAAUGGUCAUAAGGAUGUUGUGGAAGUUCUGCUGAGGAAUGAUGCACUAACCAACGUAGCAGACUGUAAAGGUUGUUACCCUCUUCACCUUGCAGCUUGGAAAGGAGAUGCAGACAUCGUGAAGCUCCUCAUCCACCAAGGACCUUCACACACAAAAGUGAAUGAGCAGAAUGCUCUUGAGAUCAAAGAACUCAAAAAGUACGGCCCCUUUGACCCAUAUAUCAAUGCCAAGAACAACGACAACGAGACAGCGCUGCACUGCGCCGCGCAGUACGGCCACACGGAGGUGGUGAAGGUCCUGCUGGAGGAGCUGACUGACCCCACCAUGAGGAACAACAAGUUUGAGACCCCCCUGGACCUGGCUGCCCUCUACGGGAGGUUGGAAGUGGUCAAGAUGCUCUUGAAUGCUCACCCCAACCUUUUAAGCUGCAACACUAAGAAACACACCCCCCUGCACUUGGCGGCUCGGAACGGUCACAAAACUGUUGUCCACGUCCUCCUGGAUGCUGGCAUGGAUAGCAACUACCAGACUGAAAAAGGCAGUGCUUUGCACGAAGCUGCUUUGUUUGGCAAGACAGAUGUGGUACAAAUAUUGCUGGCUGCAGGUAUUGAUGUGAACAUCAAGGAUAACAGAGGCCUGACAGCUCUGGAUAUUGUGAGGGAACUUCCUUCUCAGAAAAGCCAACACAUAGCAGCUCUUAUUGAAGAUUACACAAUUGGGAAGAAAAGUGCCAAAGCUGCAGAGAAAAGUGUCCAAGCACCCCUUGUUCCAGCCCCUGAGCCCAUCUGCCUGGUAUCUCAGGGUGAUGUGGAGAAAGCAGUGACUGAACUGAUCAUAGAUUUUGAUGUGAACCCAGAGGAGGAGAGUCCUUAUGAAGCUUUGUACAAUGCAACCUCCUGCCACUCCCUGGACAGCCUUGCCAGUGGGAGGUCUUCAGAUCGGGAAUCUGGGAAUAGGGAAGCAGAGUCAACGGGUCUCAAAGCAGCAGGAGUCAGGCCUAGAGAACGUCCACCCCCUCCUGCCAAGCCUCCCCCUGAUGAAGAGGAAGAUCAGCAUGUGGAGAAGAAGAUAGGCCAUGGUGCUUCCUGUGAGGCUUCUGUUGCACGAGGGAAGAGCAAGGGGAGUGGAGCUGAGGAAGAGGAACACCCUUAUGAACUGUUGCUUACAGCAGAAACUAAAAAGCCUGUUGCAGUGGAUAGGAAAACAAAAGACCACAGGAGGAGCAGUGGCAGCCACAGCCAGGACUCUGCUGACAGCCAGGACAUCCAAGUUCCAGAGCAGUUUUCAGGGUUGCUUCACGGUUCUUCCCCCAUCUGCGAGAUAAGCGAGGACCCUUUCAGGCUCGUUUCCUCCACGGAGAAAGGAGGAGGAGGAGGGACAGAAGCUACCAGCCCCCCACCUGCUAUGCAGCUGGAGGAUGCUGACUUACCUGCCUCUGGAUCACUACGGACCAACUCUCCAGACCAGAACCAGCAAGUGGUCUACGCCACCGUCCAGCACACGCACGUCACCCGGGCGGAUCCUGCGACUCUGGUCACGCCCCACGUGCUGCAGCACCCCGGUGGUGCUGAGGAAGAGGGGGACAGAGCUGUGGGCAGAACCCACCCUGGGAACAAGCCCAAAGCUGAACUGAAACUCAGCCGCAGCUUGUCCAAAUCGGACUCUGAUCUCCUGACCUGCUCCCCAACAGAGGACGAUGCCAUGGGGAGCCGGAGCGAAUCCCUCUCCAACUGCAGCACUGGGAAGAAGAGGCUGGAGAAGUCCCCGUCCUUUGCUUCGGAGUGGGAUGAGAUUGAGAAAAUCAUGAGUUCCAUCGGCGAAGGCAUUGACUUUUCUCAGGAGCAGCAGAGGAUCUCAGAGUGCCGCUGCUACCGCCUCAACGGUUUCUCCCUUUUCAAGCGUCUGCCGCUUCCUCUCUCGUCAGGUUCCCGGGUGCUGGAGCAGAGUGUUGGGGAGUGGUUGGAGUCCCUUGGCCUGCAGCAGUAUGAGAGCAAACUGCUUCUCAACGGCUUCGACGAUGUCCGUUUCCUGGGCUGUAAUGUCAUGGAAGACCAGGACCUCCGGGACAUUGGGAUCAGUGACCCCCAGCACCGUCGGAAGCUCCUCCAGGCUGCUCGCUCCCUCCCCAAGUUGAAACCCCUGGGCUGUGAUGGGAACACUCAGCCUUCAGUCCCUGCCUGGCUCGACUCCUUGGGGCUGCAGGAUUACAUCCAGUCCUUCCUCUCGAGUGGCUACAGCUCUAUUGACACUGUGAAAAACCUCUGGGAGCUUGAAAUAGUAAACGUGCUGAAAGUGAACCUGCUGGGCCAUAGGAAGAGGAUCAUUGCCUCCCUGGCAGACAGACCCUAUGAGGAGCCACCAGCAAAGCCACCGAGGUUCUCUCAGCUGAGAUGCCAGGAUUUGAUGUCCCAGACAUCAUCACUCCUGAGCCAGAAUGACUCCUGCACGGGCAGAUCUGCUGAUCUCCUGCUGCCCUCUGGAGACACCGGGAAGAGGCAACACGACCGUGGCACCGAGGUUGCUCCCUACUCCAGAGUUGGGAGCUACAAAGCACAGGAGGACCGUCGGGAGUCCAAGCUGACCCUGCGUCCCCCCAGCCUGGCUGCCCCCUAUGCCCCAGUCCAAAACUGGCAGCACCAGCCAGAGAAGCUCAUCUUUGAGUCCUGUGGGUAUGAGGCCAAUUACUUGGGCUCCAUGUUGAUCAAAGACCUCCGAGGGACAGAGUCCACACAGGAUGCCUGUGCCAAGAUGAGGAAAUCCACAGAGCAUAUGAAGAAAAUCCCAACCAUAAUACUGUCCAUCACGUACAAGGGGGUGAAGUUCAUUGAUGCCUCUAACAAGAAUGUCAUUGCUGAGCACGAGAUCAGGAACAUCUCCUGUGCUGCUCAGGACCCUGAGGAUCUCUGCACUUUUGCCUACAUUACCAAGGACCUGCAGACCAGCCACCACUACUGCCAUGUCUUCAGCACCGUGGAUGUGAACCUGACAUAUGAGAUCAUCCUCACCUUGGGGCAGGCAUUUGAGGUUGCCUACCAGCUGGCCCUUCAAGCCCAGAGAGCAAAGCCUUUGGGUGCUGCAGCAGGAGAUACAAUUGAAACAAAAUCUUCCAAACCGGUGCCUAAACCCCGAGCAGGCAUGAGGAAAUCUGCACUGGAGCCUCCUGAACUGGACCAAGACUCCCAGUCUCAUGCCAGUGUCUCCUGGGUCGUGGACCCCAAACAGGACUCCAAGAGGACCCUCAGCACUAACUGAUCUCCGGGCAGCUGUCUUCCACCAUGGAAUUGUAGUAACGGGGCAGAGACCUAAGAAGCAGUGGCCUGCUGACACGAAGAUCAUCUCCAUCUGGUGUCUGCCUCGGAGUGGGUGCUCAGGGAGGGAUCCCAAAGCAGAGGGGGGAAAGGGAUCCCAGCCCCCAGCUGAGGAAAGCAGCUCUCUGCCUUCCUAGCAAAAGGAAAGUUGAGACUUUGGAGGGCGAUGUCACCUUUUCUAGCUGGAGACAAACACCUUGCGACCCGUUGCUUUUUUUCUUUUUUCAUAUAUAUAUAUAUAAAUAUAUAUAUAAUUUUUUUUUAAACAUGAAAUCCUACAGAGCAAAUCCAGUUUCAUGGUUUAAAUGUAGCACUGCGGGUUUUUGAUGAGGGAAAAAAAAAAACCAAACAAAGACCAAACAAAUGUCCUUAUUUACUGAGAAUCCACGCAGCCCGGCAAGGAGCACAGUAGAAGGUCUUAGGAGUGGGAGUGGUGUGCACAUCUCUAAUGGUACUUAAAUCUCCUUCAGUUCUGGGUGAACAGUAGAAAAUGCCAAAUUCUUGGAAAUAACUGCCUCCAGUGCGAGGAGCCUUGCAGCAGGGUAAGUCUGCACCCUUUGUUUUCAAAGCUACUCCAGGCUUUUAUAGCAAAUGGAAAUAAGGAAAAAAAAAAAAAAAAAGAGUCUGCAAAGGAGCUUUCCAACCCCAGAGUGGUUGUGGCCAAGUCUGAGCGAUGGUACAAAGCUUGCUUCCCCUACAGAGAACUGUUGUGUUGCAAUACUUGACAUUUCUAUGGAAAAGGACACAAAUUCUCCCCAUUUAUGCACUGAAUACCUGGAGGCAACCCCCCCUUCUCCAGCCUCCUCUGCACCCGUCUGGUUUUUAAACGCAGUUGUGCCCUGAAGGGUUUGGGGUUGUUUGGGUUUGUUUUGUUUUGUUUGAAAGUAUAUUCAAUUGUGAUUUAGCACUUUUUUUUCUUUUGAUACUAGCUCAUUAUUUAAUCAGUGCAACAAUUUCAGAAGAUGAACAAAUAAGGAGUUAAAUUUUGGGGCAUUACAUUGAACCAGUCCCUCCCCAAGGACAAAGCAUAUCAACCUGAGGAUGGCUUGGCCCCCGUCCGAGUCCCCAAACACCACCAUCUGGAAGGUGCUGUGUGCUUUUUCUUUUUUUUUACCAGACUAUUUAACAGUAGCUUGGGCUGUGACUGAUGUGUUUUCCCAGUACUGUUCCCCCUCAGGGGAGAGAGACAUUCACAUGGUUGUGGUUUGAAGUCUUCAGAUGCAGAAAUGUAGCUCAGGCAGCAGGUUUGCUGUCACCUCGAGAGGCGUUGCAGGGGGUGAGGAUGUGGGACCCUGCUGCUGCACCAUGAUGUGCCCAAAUAAUGCCUGUAAAACUCCUGUUGCUGCUGUAUGUCAGGAUUUCAUUUAAUCUCUCCAGCCAGGGAGGCUGGGAGAGAAGUGAACCAUCAUCCCAAGGGCAUAGAUCUGUAAAGGAUGAGAGAGAGGGGGGGGGAAGUGGAGAUUUUUUUUUUUAUUUUAUUUUUCUUAAGUUGAUGAAUUUAGGAAACCUAACAUUCCUUGUUAUGCAUAUGUUGCAAUUCAUGCUGGUGUAAGUGUAAAUAUGUGGUGUGUUGGCAACAAAUCUUCCUGGAGAGAUUGCAAAUUGAACCUCUGCUUGGGGGGAGGGAUGCUUUGCUUUUCUUGAAGCCUGAGCUUUGUGAAGGUUGGCUUGGAGGUGACGUGGUGAUGAAGACUCCAAUCUUCAGGGGACUGGGCUUGGUGACCCUGGUGGUCCUUCCCAGCCCUGUGUGUAAUCCUAUGGUUGUCUUUAGUGAUCCAACAGUUCUUUAGCCAGAUACUUUCUCACUUUCUAGACAAAGCAAUUGUUUUUGGCAACACCCUUUUAUUUUUGAUGGGUUUUCUCAAGGUACUUGCAUGCUGGAGACUGAUCCUGGACCAUGCCAAUCCCUGACUCCCAGUCACCUGCUCACCCUCCCUGUUGCACAGUAUUCUGGCUCUUCCUCCCUACAAGGUUUCAUGGUAUUGGGAGGAAAAUGCCCUAAAUUUCUGGUGCUGAAUAGGACUUUGAAUCAAGCUGCAUCUGCUGCAUUACCUGCCUGGGAAAAGAUGGUGCUGCCCUGGGCCUUCUUGCCCUUUUUAAGGACAGAUUGUAUUUUACAGGCUUUGGUUUGUGCAUGGCAUGAGUCCAGUCUGAGAAUUCAAGACAGGUAAUCUAAUAUGCAGAGUUGACAUUUUUUUAUAUAGGAGGAGAUGAUUAUAUUUUAUUUUAUUUUUUUUCAAAUUGAAGCUGCUUUAUCCUUUUUUAUUUUGUAUUUACAAAAAAAAAAAAAAAAAACAGAAAAAAAAAAAAAAGGGCAAGCUAAUCUUAGCUGUUCAGCUGUCUUGGGACUUGCUUUGGGAUUGUUUUUAGAAGAAAUUAUGCAACUUUUACUGGGUAUGUGCCUCUUCUCCUCCCAGGGGAAAUGAGACAGCACCUUCCAGGAUGUACCUCGAGUGGAAAGUUUGUACCUUCACCAGGCUGCUGAGACACAGACCAGAUGCCAAAUAGUCCCCACAAACACGUCCAGUUCUGUGUGCAGCUGAAGUGGAGCCAAUUGCUUUAAUGCUCCUUUCACCCCACUUCAGAAGUUGCUGGCAGCAGAAUUUCCCCUGGCUUGCUUCUGCUCCCAUCAUUUCCACCCACCCAGAUCCUCACUUUAGAGCAAGCUCAGUGUUUGCAGUGCUGUCUUGUUGCUAAAGGUCUCCCUUUUAGGUCUCCUUUUGGUUACUUACUGCUUUUUUUUCUUUCUUCUUUAUUUUUAUUUUUUUUUCCUAAAGGAAGUAACUGUGCUGCUCUUGCAAAGUCAAUCUAGCUCAAACAUUUUUCUUACCCAUGAAGAAUAACCUGAGAUUCCCUAACAGGGCAGAGGACAGUCAAGUUCAGUUUGCAACGUAGACAUUUUUGCUAAUUGUGAUGUAUGGCAGUGGGACUGAUUUGUAAGACAAAUGUUAUUUAAUCUGUCUGUAUUUUGAUACUUGAAUUUCCUUUUCUGUAUAUACAAUUGUUAAUCUGUUCAAAAUUUGUCUGAAUUUUAAACAUCUUGUGGUACCAAACAUAACCAAUCUGUGCAAGAACAUAGACUGACCUCACUACAACAAGGCGAGAUUGUAAAUAUUCCUGGGCUUCCAGCAGUCGUUUUGUUGUUUUCAUAACUGUACAACUUAGAACAGACUGAAUUAAUAAACAAACUUAGACACACGUCCA